AUGGCUAAAUUAGAGAUCAAAAGCAAAGUAUGGGCUCAUUAAAACUUAGAAUUUUCAAUAGUUUAGUUUAUUAACCUACAUUUUUUUAUAGUUUGACGCAGAGUUCCGUCGCAUAUCAUUGCCUAAAACGGAUGUUGGAACAUACGAACACUUUAGGUCUCUAAUUGAGCGUUUACAUAAAUUGAUUGAGGUACCAUUCGUACUGUCAUAUACAGACCCCAAAGACGGAGAUCUAUUACCAAUCAAUAAUGAUGAUAAUUUAGGACGAGCAGUUUUAACAGCCAAACCAUUGUUGAGGAUAAUUAUACAGCGUAAAGGUAAGAUUUUAUAAAAUUCAAUUUUAAACUGCAUAUUUCAAAUAUAGGUAGGUAUUACACAUCCACAUCAUUUUAUUUAAGUAUAUUCAUUGUAUAGAUAAAUAACAAUUGUGCGUAUUUAUAAUAUUAAUUUUAAUUAUUAUCUUUUUAGUAGUUCAUCAUGUGUAGAUUUACUUGCAGUUAAAAAAAAAUAUGAUAAAUACUAAAUUAAAUACCUACAUCUAAUGAUAAUUUUUGAAAAAUUCCGUUUUUAUUCUAGAUCUGCAUUCAAAAUAUUGUCUUUAGCACUAAAUUUUAACGUUUAAGUGAUAAACAAAAUUAUGUAAUCAAAAAUACUAAUACUAUUAAACUUGAUUUUUACUAUUUAUUUUAGGUUCACUCAGUGCUUUGUUUCAGAGUACCUUACUAGUAUUUAACUUAAUAUUAUGUAUAAUAUUUUUAAGUUAUUUAAAAAUAUUUAAUUAUCUGAGAAAAACUAAUAAUUUAAGUAAUUAUAUAAUUAAGUACUCUGAAAGCACUUAAAACAUUUUAAAUGUAAAUUAGACCCAUGUGAAUAUGGCUGUAUAAUUUAUUUUGUUCAAACGUACAAAACAUUUUUAAAUUUUAUUUUGAUUCUCAUAACAUUGUUUUAAAUAAGUACUUAAUAAUCCUUAUUUUUUAUUAGGUAUUAAAAUAUUGUCUUUCUAUUCAAUUUACAUACCUAAAUGUUUCUUUUGUUUUAAAUCAUUUUAAAUGAAAUAUUAUUAGGUAGGUACUUCUUUUAAAUAACUAAAAAUAUUAACCUUAACUUUUAGGUAUUUAUUUAUCAACUUAAUUUUUUUAAUUCAAUUUAAUCCAUACAAAUAAUAGCAUACAGUUUGUAGUAUUUAAUCUAUUAUGGUUACUAUCCAUACAUUUUACUCAGGAGUAUUGUAUUUCAAUAACCACAAAAUUUCGUCUCAAUAUACCAACUUAUGCACAUGCUCUCCAAUCUCCAUUGUCUUACAAUAAACAAUAAUUUAUGAGCUAGUAACUUCAUUGUUCUGAAAACCAUUGAAAUGAACUAGCAGGUGUUAGGGCGGAGUUCCUGUCAACUUCCAGCAUAAAAACCUAAACACAAUAACUAUUACACAAUAUUCUCCAUAUAAAAUAAUAUAUUGAGUAGGUAGACUAUAAUGUAUAUUUUUUAAAAUAAAGUAUAUAAACAUAAUGAAAACAAAAAGGAGUUAUAUAAAUGUUUAUUUUAAUUUUAACUUAACAUUUAUAACAAACUUUGUAAUUUAAUCUUUUAAAAGUAUUUUAGAUUCUGUGCGGAGCAAGGAAUGUAUUGGUUUUACAAUGAUGUUUAUUUUAUUUAUAUAUUUUUCUUAACUAGUGAACAACUUUUUUACCAGCAAUUUUGCUCUGAUUUUCAAUUAUAGUAGUUUUGCUGAAAGAAAAUCUGACUAGAAUGGUACUUUAAAUAGGUCAUUUUUUGACUUUCCCAAUAAAUGGGGAAAUGGGUACAAUAUUAAAUAAAUAUUAUGAAAAAAAAUAUAUAAUUCAUAUUUAAUUAUUUUACCAUUAUAUGACAUAUAUAUUGUUGAUAAAGUAACACUAUCAACCAAACUUCGCUCAGAAUCAUUUUUCAUAUUUAGCUAAAAUAUAUACAGUCUAACUUUGUUAACUCUAAGUUAAAGGGGCCCGCAAAAAAGUUCAAAUUAUCCAAGAAUUUUAGUUAUCAAAUUUUUAUUUUUAUUUCAUUUAUUAAUCGUUUUGAUAUUAUUUUCUCAAACAAUUAUCUUAAAAUCAUAAAAAUUAAAAAAUGUAAGGGAACGCUAAAGUGUAUACAUAUGUGAGCUGAUAAUGUGUCGUAUUAUUGAGUGGUAAACCAGUUUUAUAAACUUUAUCAGAUGGAACAUCUAAUUUUGUGUAAUUUAAAUUAAUUCAUGUUUAAUGUUACACAUCUAGUGUACCAAGUAUUAUAAUGUCAUUAACAGUUUGUUAACUAUAUAUUUAUAACUGAAAUAUAAAGAUAUUAUAUUGAUUAAGCAUGUUUAUUGUUCAAUAUAAUAAGAGAAACUUACAACAUUAAAUAUUGUACUUUCUAUAUUUCAAAUUGUGAUAUUUUAUUUUGUUAGUUGUCACCAUCAUUAUGGUAAUAUAUUCCUUUUAUGGUUUUAACUACUCUAAGGAAAAAGUUGUAAGAAAAAAAUUGUGUUAUUCACAUUUUUAUUAAUAUAAAUUUAUCUGAAAUAAAUAUCAAAUAAUCUCAUAAAUGUAAUAUUCUAUGUAAUGUUUGUAGUAGGCGGUUUCUUCUGGAUGCAUGCAUUUUUUUUAAUGCGUAGGAUUGUUUUAUUUUCAAAUCUAUAAUAUUAUGUUUUGUAUAGUGAACAGUUAUUUUGAUUGUGUCUGUUAUCUUCAAAUGCAAUAUGUCAAAAAUGUAUGACGCUCAAUGAAAUAAACAUUGUGAAUAAGCAGAAUUAUUAGUUUUGUUUCUUAUUUUUAUGAUGUUACAAAUAUAUUUUAUAUUUGAUUUCUCUCAUUUUAUUUGUAUCUAAACACUGUAUUGACACUGUCUAAUACAUACACUAUAAUUAUUUAGUUGGCGGUAAAGAAUUUUAAUUGAUGUGAAACUACAGGUUUUAGUAAGACAAGAACAAAAAAAAAAAAAAACAUUUGACAGUUUAGAUUCAAGGGCAUUUCUCACGGAAACGAGUUUUGUUGUUUCCUCUAGUCAUUAAAUUUGGUGUUAGUUAUUGGGGGGUUUUUUUUAUUUUGUUAGUGUAUUCAAAAGUUGUGUAAAGAAAUUAAACGAAUUUGCUCAUUGCGUUUUAGGUUAUAAUAAUAAUAAUAAUAUCGUCUUUGGUUUUUUCUCGUUUAUAUACUUAAUAAACCAUAUUUAUGAAUCAUGUGCUGAUGGUUCAACUCACAUUGACGCCGAGUUAUUUCAACACAAAUUCCAUCGUCUUCCUUAUUAUAGGUACUUAUAUAUUAUAUGCUAACAAGGACGCUGGAAGGAACUAAUUGAAUUUUAAGUUCAAGAUCAUUUUUUGAAUUUUAUUUUUGUAGAUGUUUUGUAGUAUUGUUUUGUGUAUUUUCAUACAAUUCGCGGGUAACGACAUAAAAACACGUUCGUAUGUGGUAUGUCCUUAUUUCGUCUAUUGUCCUCAUGUGUUCGGAAAAAAUGGGUAAAUGGCCGUCAUAAUAAUAUUAUAGUAAACAUACAACCAUUCAGGAAGGUCCAAAACAAUGUACCUAGAUAGAACCUACUUACCUAUCAAUAUUAUACUCCGUUAGGUUAUAACAAUUCCAUAUCUUUCGGUGGCGCGGCAGUUCAUUUACCCGCAUUACUAAUAUUUGAAUAUCUAUUUAGUAGUAAAUAAAUAUAUUUAUCUUGUUAUUAAUUUUUGGUGAUCCAGCAGAUCGUAGUCCAAUUAAUAGGAUGCUAAUAUAUCCUCAUAACCUGCUGUCUCAACCCAACUAAUAGGCAAUAUAGCAAAAUCUACUUUACGCGAACUGCAUUGAGUUCAAUUUAAACUCGCUUAAUUUUGGUUUUAAAAUGAUAAUACCUUAAAUAAAAUUAAAAUAGGACAAUAUUCCCGAGGUCAAGACAGGUCAAGGUCUUUUCCUAUCAUUAUAAUUAUUAUUCCAGAUAUAAAGUUCAAUAAAUCGUUUGGAAAUGAAAACUAAUUCAUCGUUAUUAAAUUACUGUAAUAUUUUUUAAAAAAAAAAGUAUGUGUACUGCUCUAUCAAUUAUAUAAAAAUUAAAUAACAAUAAUACAAAUGGGAGAUAUUCAAAAAGACUCCAAAAUAAAUAAAGGUGUUUGACAGGGAUGUACAUUAUCACCUUUAAUGAUUACAUUCAAGAGACCAUAAAUACUAUUAGAGAUAGGACACAGCUAGAAAUAAAGGUAUAUGGUUAAAGAAUAGAUAUGAUGAGAUUCGCGGACGACAUUGCAAUAAUAGCAGAGAAUGAAAAAGAUCUAAAAAAAACUUGCAAAAUUAAAAUAUCCAUAGAGCUCAAAAAUUGCUCAAAUGUUUUGAAAAUGUUAAAACGUCUAGAAACAGUAAAUAUAACAUUGUAUUCAGUCAACUCUGUCAACAUUUUAAAUCUAAAUAACUAAAAUUAAAAUUAAAAACUAAAUAACAUUAAAAAAAAAAAAUUUUAAAUAAUAAAAGCUUUGUUAAAUAACUAUUAUGUAUUCAUUGUACUAUCAUUAUUAUUAAUACUUUCAAGGAUCAAAACCCUAAAAUUAUAUUCAUGUUGAAGUACCUCCAAUGGGAGGCCCUCUUCCUUCAGUCUCUUCUGUCUAUUUUUUUUUUUUUUUUAUCACUUAAGCUUAUUGUUCUAAUAGAAACAGAUAGCGUAAUAUAGAAUUUUGUUAAAAAAAUAAUAAAAUAAUAUUUUUUUAUAAAUUUGUCAGUUCUGUCUACAUAUUUUUCGGGUUUUUUUAAUUAUUAAAAUAAAACUACAGAGAAAAUCUAAAAACGGAUAACAUAUGAACUACAUUAAAAAUUUAACAGAAAAAUUAAUUUGAUAUUUUUUAUUGGAGCAAUAUUUCUGGUAGAAAACGUAAGUUGUACAAAUUUCAAAUAAUGAAAUCUUGUGCUGUCCGUCAUUUGAAAAAAUAAAUCGUAAUUUCGUCUUUUUGGUCAUUUCCAAUUAUGAAAAAUACUUUAGAUAUCAAUAAAUGAUUCUGUCAAUGGCUAUGCAUUAAUAGGAACAAAAUCGAUCUCUUGUCAUUUUUCGAUUGAAGUAAUAUUUCUGGUAAAAAACAUCGUGUUAACAUAAUAAAAACAAUGAUAACAGUAACGAAAUUUAACACCAUCUGAGUAACAUGAACCUUCCUGUAAUUUAAUAAAUCUUCGUGUAUGAUUUACUGAUUAACAGAUCGUGACAUUUCAUUUACAAAAGAAAAUUUUGUUGUUUUUUUUUGUAAUAUUAUACUAUAAACUUUCUGAUAUUGGAACAUUCAAAAAGUGUGUAGAAAUGUUAUAUUUUCAGUAUGUUAUAGUAUGUUUGUUGAAGCUUACAGAUUUAUGGUUGAAAGAUUUGUUCAAUAAAAAAAAAAUCUUUAUUUAUCUAUUUAUUUAAUCCUUAUCUUUAUUAUUAGCCCUUUAUUUUGAUUUUUUUGUUUCUUCAUGAUGGACAAUGUAUAUAAUUAUGAAAAGUAAAUAAUUUGAAAAAUUCUGACAUGAAACCAUUUUUUUUUUUUUAUUUUUAUUUACAUUUUAAUAUACCCAGAAACCAUUAAAAUGAUUGAGUGUAUAAUAAUUUUAUCAUUUUACUUCUAUUGUAACAAAUAAAAAAUAAGAAAAUACACAUGCGUUUGCAACUACAUGUGUGUUAAAUUCAGUUUUUAUGCUUGAUUUAUGAGUUAAAAUAAAUACUAAAUUUAAUUUUAAACUUAUUUCAAUAACAAUAUUUUUAAUUGAUAAGCUUUAAAGAAACAGAUAUUUUCACACUUGCAGAAAGACACAACUGAUAUAAAAAAUAAAUAUAUUCUACAUAUCUACAUGGAGUAAAGUAGAAACCUUUAACAUAACAUCUGUUAAACUUAAAUAAACACUUCCUACUGUUUGUAUUUGUCAUAUAAAAAUAUUCAUCUAUGUUACUUACUGUAAAAUAUACAAAAUGCAUAAAUUUGAAAUUAUGGUAUUUUAAAAUUGUUUACAUGUUAUUUUUAUACUCUGAAAUAUAUUUUAUACCUAUCCAUUUUCUGAGGAUAGCAUUAUUAAACAGAUAAAAAAUGAGUACCAGUUUAUUUGUUUUUAAUGUUCUGUCUACAAAGUACUAUUUACUAUUACUAUUAUGAUAUCAAAAAUUGAAAAAUAUUACAUAUUAUAUAAGCAAUUAAAUAUACAUUAUGUACUAUUUUUAUCAUAAUUGUUUUGUAAUGUAUUUUUUAUAUGGUUCAAGAAAAAUUUUACCAAAUUAAAUUAAAAUGCUUUAGAGGAGGUGAUACCCAUAUGUGCUAUUUUCAUUUUAUAAGUAUUCAACAUAGUACUUUAUGUUCAGCAAAAACGGCUGAGUGCUUUUAGGUUUAAUAUUAAAGUGAUCCUAUUAUCAAACUGAAAAAGUAUUAUCUGUGCAACGACGACGUUAUUAUUUUGAUUUUUUAAUUUUCAAGUGAGAUAUAAUCCUAUAUAAUAAAUCAUUAAUAAAUUAUGAUAAUUCACAUACUCAUAUUUCCAUAUUAAAAAUUAAAAUAUCAAAAAAAUAGCAUCCAAUGUUGUACAGAUAAUGUUCAUAUCUUUAAGUUUGAAAAUAGGUAAAUUCACUCAAUAUUACAACUAACAACAUAAUCUUGUCCCCACUGAAUACAAAUUUGCUAUUGUCUUUAAUUGUUUUUAAUUUCAGGUGAAAGUCUUGAAGAAUUAAAUGGUUAUGGUACAUACAGACCUCGUAAUAUUAUAUCAUCAAUUUUGGGUGGUACACCUAGCAAAGCAAAACAUCUUUGGAUAUCAAACCCUCAGGAUUUUCGACAGGUGAAAUUUAAUUUUUUUUUCUUAAACAUCAAUUUAAUUUUUCAAAAUUUUAGGUGUCUGCGAUUAUAGAUGUAGAUGUAGUUCCAGAGACAUGUCGACGAGUUCGACUACUUAAACAUGGUUCAGAAAGGCCAUUAGGUUUUUAUAUAAGAGAUGGCACUAGUGUGAGAGUUAGCACUUCUGGUGUAGAAAAAGUUCCCGGCAUUUUCAUAUCCAGAUUGGUUCCAGGUGGCUUGGCAGAAAGUACCGGACUGUUAGCCGUAAAUGAUGAAGUUUUAGAAGUUAAUGGUAUUGAAGUAGCUGGUAAAACUUUAGACCAGGUACUAAAACAAUAAUUUUAUGUUGUAAUGAAAUUAAUAUAUAUUAUGUGCUUAUCUUUAUUUUUUUUAUAGGUAACUGAUAUGAUGGUAGCCAAUAGUCAUAAUCUGAUAGUUACUGUAAAACCAGCUAAUCAGCGGGCUACUAUGUCAGCACCAAGACGAGGAUCUUUAUCAAGAACCUCACAGCUGUCUAGUGGAUCACAACAAUCAGCACAUAGUGCUGCUACUACUGUUAAUACUUCUGAAGAAGAUGAUCAAGAUGAAGUAGUUGAUUUGACUGCAGGGUUAGCUUUACAGGUAGUUAAUGAUUCUACAAGUACUGUAGACCAGUAA